AUGGAUCCUACUCUAAACUAUACCUAUAUAGCCCUUAUUCCCAAAGUGAGUGAUCCAAAAACUGUCCAUGACUUUAGACCAAUAAGCUUGUGCAAUGUGAUGUACAAGCUUAUAGCCAAAACACUUUCCAACAGAUUAAAGAAAGUAAUGGAUGUUAUUAUCUCUAGAAGCCAAAGUGCCUUCAUACUAGGGAGGUUAAUUUCAGAUAAUGUGAUUGCAGCCUAUGAGGUACUUCACUCUAUGAAUUUAAGGCAAAGAAGUAAGGGUGGGAGCAUGGCUUUAAAAUUGGAUAUUUCUAAGGCCUAUGAUAGGGUAGAAUGGUGCUAUCUUGAGGCAAUAAUGAGGAAGAUGGGUUUCGGUGAAAGGUGGAUUGGGUGGAUAAUGAAGUGCAUAUCAUCUGUCACAUAUGCUGUUUUAGUUAAUGGCAAGCCAGGGGAGACUAUUGUGCCUUCAAGAGGAUUAAGACAAGGAGAUCCAUUAUCUCCUUACUUGUUCCUUUUGUGUGCUAAAGGACUAAGUGCUUUGCUUAAUAAGGCUGAAAGUAGUUCAGAACUAAAAGGUGUGGCAGUGGCUAGAGGAGGCUCAAGGGUUACCCAUCUGUUAUUUGUAGAUGAUUGCAUCAUUUUUGGGAAGGCUAGUUGGGUGGAAUGGAGGAAGAUAAUGGAUAUUCUUGGGACUUAUGAAGCGGCAUCAGGCCAGAGCCUUAAUAAACAUAAAACCACAGUGUUUUUUAGUCCAAAAGUCAAAGCUUCUGUGAAGGAAGGAAUCAUAAGAGAGAUGGGGGCCAGGCAACAGAGUUGUUGUGAAAAAUACUUGGGUUUGCCAAUUAUAGUUGGUAGAUCAAAGUAUAACUCUUUUAGAGUCAUCAAGGACAAAGUGUGGAAGAAGCUUCAAAAUUGGAAAAAUCACUUCCAAAGAAGUUAUGUAAGUAGAGAGCAGCACAGAUGGAAAAGUUUUGGUAGGGCUAUAAGAAAAAGGAUAGUAAAAUACAAUGGAGAAGCUGGACCAAGAUGGGGGGUUUGGAAACAUGGUGGUGGAUUGGGAUUCCGAGAGUUUGAGAGUUUCAAUAAGGCUCUUUUGGCCAAGCAAUGCUGGAGAGUGUUAGUGAAUCCACAAUCUUUGGCUGCAAGGAUAUGGAGAGACAAGUAUUUCAGGCAUGGGAAAUUUCUAGAUGCAAAGUUGGGUUACAGGCCUUCAACUAUGUGGAGAAGCUUAUGGGGUUCUUUGGAUUUACUAAAUGAAGGAUUGGUGUGGAGAGUUGGUGAUGGGGAAAACAUCAAUAUAUGUGGUGAUAGGCGGAUACCUAAGCUGUCUACUUUCAAAAUUCAAACUCCCAGAAACUCUUUACCAGUUGAAGCAAAGGUUAAAGAUUUAAUUGAUGGGGUUACUAAGACAUGGAAAGAGGAGAUGAUAAGGGAAAUUCUUGAUGAAGAAGAGGCAAAACUGGUCUUCAGUUUACCAAUUAGUCCUUCUGGUAAACCAGAUAAGUUAAUAUGGGCCCCUACAAAAAAUGGACAGUUUAAUGUAAAAAGUGCAUACCACCUAGAGAUGAGUAGGAAACAUAGAGGAAAGGGGGAGGUAUCGAAAGGUGUAAUAGAUAUUUGGAAGAAUAUGUGGAAACUGAACAUUCCUGGAGUAGUUAAGAUGUUUUUAUGGAAAGCACUAAAUAAUUGCUCACCUACAAAGUGGAAUCUGGCUUGCAGGAAGGCUGUUAAGGAUUUUUUCUGUCCAAUAUGCAAACUACAGAUGGAAACAGUUACACAUGCUCUUUGGAGUUGUGGUGGGGCUAUGGAUGUAUGGGCAGACAAAGCAAGUCCAGUACAGAAAUGGGCAUCUACUGAAAGAGAUAUGCAAGAUCUAUGGGCAGACUGGUGUGAAAAGAUGCAAAAAGAGGAACUGGAGCUUAUGGCUAUAGUGUUGAGGAGGAUAUGGCAUGCUGCAGACAGUUUAUUUGAGUUUCAGCAAGCUCAGAAACAGAAUGCAAGGUGCCAAAUGGUUGGAACAAGGCAAAGAGACUUUUGUAAAUGGAAAGCUCCUACAACUAGUCAGAUGAAAGCAAAUUGGGAUGCAUCAUUAAAAUUAGAAGAAGGGAGAAUGGGAGUAGGUGUAGUGAUAAGGAAUGAGAAUGGGGACCUUAUGGUAUCUAUGUGUUCUCAAAAGCAGAAUGUAUGCAGUCCUUUGGUAGCUGAGCUUCAGGCAUUAUGGUGUGCCUUGCAGAUUUGUGCAGAUCUUAAUUUGACAGAGGUAGUUUUUGAAGGCGAUGCAUUGAAUAUAGUUAAGGCUGUUAAUAAUCCUGAGACUAAUUGGGAAUGGCAUGGUCAACUGGUUGAAGAUGUCAAGGAUAUACUGAGGAACAGACCAAUGUGGAAGGGACAUCUAAAUGGCUAUUUUGGCAGCAUUAUAUUUCUAGGAGAUAUGAUUCUUGAGCGGUUCAACCACAGUAAGAAGGCUUCAAAUAAUUCUAAAUCAUGUGAAAUAGAUAUCAAUGGAAGUGAUCUAAAUUUGGAUGAGAUCAGAGGAAUAGCUCUGUGUGGUGUUAUUAAAGCAAAUUUUGAAAGCUCUGCAUUUGAUCUCUUUCAUUUCCUAGUGUUGAGAUCACUAUUAAUGGCGUGCACAACUAUUACAACGAGAAAAUGCUCGACAUAG